AGUGGCUGCCGGCGAGCGGAGCAGACACCACACACGGCUCCGGGGCCGAGAGAGAGCGACCCGACCCGACCGAGAGCAGGGAGAGCAGAGGAGUGGUCAGAGAGGACGGUGUUAGCUGGGAACGUGUCAAAGGACGUGUUAGACAUUGGUGAACCGUGAAUCAUAGUCAGAACCGUAAAACGUGGUGAUACGUUUAUUUUAUUCAUAAAUUUAUCGAUACCUACCAAUCUUUUUGCGAGCGUCACCAUCAGGUGAAUUCACUCGAACAUUUAAUCCCUCGCUGCUGAGGCUCUUGGGGACGGCGCUGAACGGUUCGACCACCUGAUCAGUACUACACUCCGCUCCAAUCGGCACGCACCACCUCCAGUCACCCGCCGGGCUGUGACCACUGACACCAUCUGGAGGUGGAAGUCCUCCAUCGUCUUCCACAUCACCAGAGACCGCUCCGAGCGGCCCGGGCCACGGAGAUGGCCACAAAGGGCUCCAGCCUGCUGGGAAACCUGCACUGGGCAGAUGUGGUCGUGGUGGUCCUCUAUUUCGCCUUCGUUCUCUUCGUCGGACUCUGGAGCUCAAGAAGAAGCAAGAAGGAUAACUUGAAAGGAUACUUCUUGGCUUCCAGAAGCAUGCACUGGAUCCCGGUGGGGGCAUCCCUGUUCGCCAGUAACAUCGGCAGCGGUCACUUUAUCGGACUGGCCGGCACCGGAGCGGCCUCCGGAAUCGCCGUGGCCGGCUUCGAGCUCAACGCGGUGUUUGUGCUCAUUUUCCUGGGCUGGGCGUUCGUACCCGUGUACACGGCUGCCGGCGUGUACACCAUGCCCGAGUACCUCCGACUGCGGUUCGGCGGCCAGCGCAUCAGAGUCUACCUCUCCGUGCUCGCCAUCCUGCUCUACAUCUUCACCAAGGUCUCGGCGGAUCUGUACGCGGGCGCACUGUUCAUCCAGCGGGCCAUGCAGUGGGAGGGCGACCUGGGUCUCUACCUGGCCAUCAUCGUGCUCCUACUGAUCGCCGCCAUGUUCACCAUCUUCGGCGGACUGACGGCCGUCAUCUGGACGGACGCCGUGCAGACCGUGCUCAUGAUCGCCGGAUCCAUGAUACUCUGCGUCAUGUCGUUUGUGGCCGUCGGCGGCUACAAUGCGCUGAUCGAGCAGUAUUUCGAGAAGGAGCCGAGCGCCAACGUGACGCUGUACGACGCCGACAAUCAGUCGUGCGCCGCCGCCCGUCCGGACGCCAUGCACCUGUUCAGGUCAGCGGUACCGGGCGAGUCGGACCUGCCCUGGCCCGGAAUGACGUUCGGCCUGACCGUAUCGGCCGUCUGGUACUGGUGCUCUGACCAGGUGAUCGUGCAGCGCACCCUCUCGGCUAAGAACCUGGUGCACGCCAAGGGUGGCGUGCUGCUGGCGGGCGCGCUCAAGUUCCUGCCGCUGUACCUGCUCGUGUUCCCGGGUAUGGCGGCGCGCGUGCUGUACACCGACUCCGUGGCGUGCUCAGAACCAGAGGCCUGUCAGCGCAUCUGUGGCUCGCCCACCGGCUGCUCCAACCUGGCGUACAUCGAGCUGGUGCUCAACCUGCUGCCCGUCGGCGUGUCAGGUCUGAUGCUGGCCGUGAUGCUGGCGGCGCUGAUGUCCUCGCUGACGUCCAUCUUCAACUCGGCCUCCACCCUGUUCACUAUCGACGUGUACACGCGGCUGCGGUCGCGCGCCUCGGAGCUCGAGCAGGUCAUCGCCGGCCGGGUGUUCGUCGUGUUUAUGGUGGCCGUCUCGAUCGUCUGGAUCCCCAUCAUCAACUCGUCGGCCUCCAGCCAGCUGUUCGUCUACAUCCAGAGCAUCACCGCCUACCUGGCGCCGCCCAUCUGUGCCAUCUACCUGCUGGCCGUCUUCUGGCCGAGAGCUAAUGAACAGGGGGCCUUCUGGGGCAUGAUGCUGGGACUGGUGCUAGGCAUGGUCCGUUUCGGCAUCGAGUUCUCCUACACCGUUCCGCCGUGCGGCUCCGAGCUGGAGGACACGCGUCCCGAGUGGGUGAAGCGGGCAAUAUUCGACAUCCACUUCCUCCACUUCGGCUGCAUUCUGUUCCUGAUCGUGCUGGUCGCCUCGGUGGUCAUCUCACUGUGCACAGAGCCCAUUCCCGAGGAGUGCCUGCGGCGUCUGACGUUCUGGUCUCGCCGUUGCGAGGAGCCGCGGAUGCCACUGCCAUCAGAGUCUGCCAAACAGCGCUUCGUUGAGGAAAUUCAGCUCCAGGAUGAGCCGCCGGAGCCGCCUGCCACGCCGUCUCUGGGCAGGAAGAUCUUCAACAAGCUGUGCGGGGUGGCCGAGGGGGCGGCCAUGGGCGAGUCGGCCGCCACCGACCCCUUCGGGCACCUCACCGACGUGGAGCGGGCUAAAAUGGACGCCGACUCGCUGCUCGAACACCCCAGACAAAAAGUGAUCGUGAACGUGCUGGCCAUGGUGCUGAUGGCUGUCUCCGCCGGUAUGUACACGUAUUACCGGUAAUACCACGGUACACCGCCCGGUACACCCGGUACACCCGAUGUACGAGGUGUAAGUACACCGGAGUACCGCCCGAGGCACUGACACCGCUCGGUCGGUGUCACUGUCAGCUGACAGCAUCUCAACUGGUCGGUGUCAUGUUCGGUGUCCGGCGUGCUCGUGUCACUAUCAGGUGUCGAUGGUCUCUGUCACUACUGAUCGCCGGGAAGAUAAUGUGAGAUCCCCAUCGCAUCAGUUCCAGUGACAGUAUUGAUACAUUGCUAGCCUCUGAAAGGCACACUCGGCGGCCGAGGCGGUGUUAUACUGUGUCCGAUGUGUUUCUAAUUUAACAAUAACACUAGUUGUUUUCCGUUUCGAAUGUUUAGUGUUUAGUUCCUUGCACCAGUAACCAGUACAUCAGUGUAUAAUUGUAUAUGUUGGACUUGUUGGAGGCAUCGCUGACAUGUUCUGAUUGUCUAGAUAUCCGUCUAGUCAUGGGAUAUGUGAGACACCUGCUGAUCGUUGUCCUAAGAAUCACUUCGUUAAAGAGUAUUUGUGGAGCUGUGAAUAGCGUGAAUCACACCAUUUGUAAUAUUAUAUCGUACGUACUGAUGGCUGAUGACUGAAACUAUUUUACUAAUGGUCCAGACCUUUGGAUCGUGCGUUAUAACUUAUAGUUGUCAUUCUCUUUCUCUCUCGUUCCUAGAACACUGCGCUUUUGUUGCCAUGGUCAGUAAAAAAUAGAAUCGUUUUUUUUAUUAAAUUAUAUUUUUCAGGGGGGAAGUAAACAGAAAGUUCAACAAGCACUACCAAGCUAUUGCAUCGGAUAUUGUAAUUAUUGACGCUGCUGCCGCUAAAAGUUCGUUUUUUACUUAUCAAGCGGACUUCAGCCGUCCAAUAUUCCGCUCCCUGGGCCCAAUCUUAUAAAGGUUGUGCUACCAAAUGGCGUACUAUCAUUCCACCCCACUCUAUUUACGGCACCCUAUUCACGCAAUCUUAUAAAGAGAAUAGUAUGGUAAUUCUAUUCACGCCAUUUUGCCCACAGUACAAAUCAACGUCAGCAGGAAACACGCAACGUGAUUGGUCAAUGUCUUGUCGCCGUCGCUAUUGGAAAUUAUGCGUACUGUUUGCGAACAGCAAAAGUUAUGUGUUUUAAUUUUUAUGGGGCAUUUAUUUCUUUCAGAGACACACAUAUGUGUAAUGAAUAAGUUAUUUAUGGAAAACGUGAUAGCAAACUAUGGAAAACACAAACAUGCUUGAAGAAUUCUCCUGAAAAGUGGAUUGCCGACCAAAUAAAUUUCAGCGAGGGCAUUCUCGCGCUCAGAAAUUCGAGUGAAUAAAGUGUUUCUUCUACUUAUCAUUUGCAUUUAUUUGCUGUUAAUGCAUUGCAAUAAAUUUGUUAAAGAAUUGUUUAAAUAGUCAUUUAAUUAUAGCUCGGCUACUGUUUCAGUAAUUUAAGUAAUGCCGUUGACAAUGAAGCUCCUACAAUUUAAGAGCAUCAGGAUACGUACAUUAACUGGAUCAAUUCAAGAUACCUAUAGCUUAUUUUCCUUCUUGUCAUAAGCUCUUGAAAUUUUCCUUCUUGAAGAUAAAGCUAAUAAAAUUCGAAGAUUACGUACAUGAACUAAAUUAGGUCAAGUUACAGCUUAUUUUCCUUCUUAUUCAAGCAUAGGUACCUAUUACCUAGCCUAAAGCUAAAAAGCAAUUCCUCAAAAGAUUGAAGUACCCAGUCUACAUAUCAAAGCUAUAUCAAGAAAAACACUUGGUUCAGAAGUCAGAUCGAGAUGCAGGAAGAGAAACAACAGAUUGAUCACUGAUCAGUAACUGUGCCAAACAGAAAGUGAGGAAAUACGAAUAGUGAGUAGGCAUUUACAAUUUUUAAACAAACUAAGGUAUAUCUUCAUCAAUUUAAAUAUCUAAUCAGAAGCCAUGAAGUGCCCGUUAUUUGUGUCAUACGUGAGACGUGAGAAUAGGCUAAAGACCCGUACCGAUUAUAUAAUACAGUGGCUGCCGAAAAUCUAAGACGGUUACUGGUGCUAAAAUCCUCUUAAAAAUCCCCUUUUAAUUUGAAAAAUAAAGUCAUAUAACGAUGAACACUCGUUUUUAUGUCUUUUAUUAAGUGUGCAUUUAGUUCCUGGAAAUACAUAUUUUGAAAUUGAUCGCUGUCUGUAUAAUAAGCAUCAUUAUAAUAAAUCAUGAGUUAAUAUGUAGAGGAUGUUUUAAUCUUAAAAUUAUCAUAAUGUAAAUUAUUGCAUACUUAUAUCAUAAAAACAUGGAAUUUAUCUUAAAUCAAUUAGUCUGUCUGAGAAGCUCGCCAAAGUACGCCACAAAUUCUGGCGUGAAAUGGACGCCGCUGAAACCGCAAACAGCUGAUGAUUGUCGGUGUUUUGAGAUGUGCACGCUGCUCACGGUUAAAAUCAGUCUACAGCAUCCUCAAAACCGGCGGCUACCAAUACCGUAAAGAGCGUGCCGUGUUUUCGAUUUCACAGAGUUUUAUAAGAUUGCGUACUAUAUAUCCAGCCUUAGAGUGCUGCCAUAUCCAUUUCACGGCGUUUAUAAGAUUGGGCCCAGUGUCGGGCCUAUGCUGUAACGGUCGGGAGGAAACAAGACUCGACUCUGAGGAAAUGUGAGCUAUUUUACGUAGCGCGAACUAUUUUACGAAGAAUGGUUCCUACAUAUGUAACGAUGUAUCCUGACACUCUGAAUUACUUGAGAGACGAAUAGUGUGCACUUUGCGUGGAUAGGUAAUGCACAUCGGUGAACAGUGUGUCAAUGUGUGUCACAGUGUGUCAAUCUCAAUUUGUCUCAGUGGUUAGGUAUGCUCAGAGAUCACCUGAUAGAUAAAAUAUACUGAAUGAUGUAGCACAA